AUGGCGAGUUGCUCCUCUGCUCGCGACCAAGCGACAAGGAGAGGGAGAGCUGCAGCAGCGGCAACAGCAGCAGCUCUAGCUGCGGUGGCGACCACCCCACUUCUUUCCUCGGGAACCCCGACCGCACUCAUUGGGACCGGGUCGUCCUGUCCGGGAGCCAUGUGGCUCUCUACGGCCACUGGCUCCCGGUCAGACUCCGAGUCCGAUGAGGAGGACCUCCCCGUCGGGGACGAAGUCUGCAAACGCGGAUACCUGCGGAAGCAGAAGCAUGGGCACAGGCGCUACUUCGUGCUCAAACUCGAGACCGCCGACGCCCCAGCUCGGCUGGAAUACUACGAAAAUGCCAGGAAGUUCCGGCACAGUGUCCGCGCCGCGGCGGCUGCAGCAGCGGCGGCCGCCUCUGGCGCCGCGGUCCCCGCGCUCAUCCCACCGCGGCGCGUGAUCACCUUGUACCAGUGCUUCUCGGUGAGCCAGCGAGCCGACGCAAGGUACCGACACCUCAUUGCCCUUUUCACCCAAGACGAGUAUUUCGCGAUGGUGGCCGAGAACGAGUCGGAGCAAGAGAGCUGGUACUUGCUGCUCAGCCGCCUCAUCCUCGAGAGCAAGCGCCGCCGCUGCGGCACGCCCGGCGCGCAGCCGGAUGGAGAGCCGGCGGCGCUGGCGGCUGCAGCGGCGGCGGAGCCACCCUUCUACAAAGAUGUGUGGCAGGUAGUAGUCAAACCCAGGGGGCUGGGGCACAGAAAAGAGCUGAGCGGCGUGUUCCGGCUCUGUCUUACCGACGAGGAGGUUGUGUUUGUGAGGCUGAAUACCGAGGUGGCCAGCGUGGUUGUCCAGCUCCUGAGCAUCCGUCGCUGCGGGCACUCAGAGCAGUAUUUCUUCUUGGAAGUCGGCAGGUCCACCGUCAUCGGUCCGGGGGAGCUCUGGAUGCAGGUUGAUGACUGUGUAGUGGCCCAAAACAUGCAUGAGCUGUUUUUGGAGAAGAUGAGAGCCUUGUGUGCAGACGAGUACAGAGCCCGCUGCCGCAGCUACAGCAUCAGCAUCGGCGCCCACCUGUUAACCCUGCUGUCCGCUAGGAGGCACCUGGACGUGCUGCCGCUGGAGCCCAGCGGCUGGCUCAGAAGGUCCCGCUUUGAGCAGUUUUGCCACCUCAGGGCCAUCGGUGACGGGGAAGACGAAAUGCUCCUCACCAGGCGCUACAUAACACCCAGCGAGCCUGUACACCCCUCGAGGAGAGGAAGACUGUACGUGCCCAGAGCACGCAGGUCCAGGAGAGCAGUUUCAGUGCCAGCCAGCUGUUUUCGCCACUUAGCACCCAACCCGGUGCGUGCUCCGCGCCCUGCAGAAGCCCCCAACCUUGGAACUUGCCUGUCUCCAGAAGCAUCUGGUUCUGGCUCUGGUAACUCUGGGGAGGAAGGCAAUCCUGAGGGCAAAGAGGGUCAGGAAGGAAAUGGAGGCGACUACAUGCCCAUGAACAAUUGGGGCUCAGGAAAUGGCCGAGGCUCAGGAGGUGGCCAGGGCUCAAGUGGCCAAGGCUCCAGUAGCCAGGGCUCAGAUGGAAACCAGUGCUCAGGUGGAGGGCAGGGCUCCGGAGGUGGCCAGGGCUCAAGUGGCGGCCAGGGGUCAGGGGGCCAAGGUGCAGGAGGAAACCAGUGCUCAGGAGAUGGCCAAGGCACCACAGGUGGUCAUGGCUCAGGUGGUGGCCAGGGAGCUGGAGGUGGGCACGGCUCAGGCAGUGGCCAGGGACCUGGAGAUGGCCAUGGCUCAGGCGGCGGCAAGAACUCUGGAGGGGGCAAAGGCUCAGGAAGUGGGAAAGGCUCUGAUGGCAAUGGUGAACGUGGAAAAUCUCUGAAGAAAAGAUCCUACUUUGGCAAAUUAACUCAAAGCAAGCAACAGCAAAUGCCACCACCUCCACCACCUCCACCUCCACCUCCGCCAGCUGGAGCAACAGGUGGAAAAGGGAAGUCCGGGGGAAGGUUCCGACUUUAUUUUUGUGCUGACAGAGGAGCCACAAAAGAACGCAAAGAAGCCAAAGAAGUCAAAGAUGUAGAGAGCCCCGAAGAUGCAGCUCGGGGUCCCCACAGAGUCAGAGCUUUUGAUGAAGAUGAGGAUGACCCAUACGUGCCAAUGAGGCCAGGGGUGGCUGCCCCUCUCGCAAGCUCCAGUGAUUAUAUGCCAAUGGCUCCUCAAAACGUCUCUGCUUCAGAAAAGCGCCAUUCUCGAUCACCUUUUGAAGAUUCAAGAGGGUACAUGAUGAUGUUUCCCAGGGUGAGCCCACCCUCUGCCCCAAAUCCUCCAAAAGCACCAGAUCCUGAGAAAGAGGAUGACUCAAAGGAUAACGACAGCGACAGUGACUACAUGUUUAUGGCUCCUGGAGCCGGUGCAAUUCCAAAAAACCCCAGAAAUCCUCAGGGAGGCUCUUCCUCCAAAAGUUGGAGCUCCUACUUCUCUCUGCCAAAUCCACUUCAGAGCUCCCCGUUGGGCCAGAGUGACCACAGUGAGUAUGUUCCAAUGUUACCUGGCAAAUUACUGGGGAAGGGCCUGGACAAAGAAUCCUCAUCUCAGGGGGACCCCAAAGAUGCAGCUUCAAAGCCUUCAGUUGAGCAGUCAUUCUCAAAGCCUGGAGAUGGGGGGUCACCUUCAAAGCCUUCAGAUGAGAGCCCCCCCAAGAUCAAGGCUAAGAGACCUAACCGACUUUCUUUUAUUACAAAAGGACAUAAAAUCAAGCCAAAACCACAAAAGCCCACACGUGAGCAGAGAGAAGCUGACAGCUCUAGUGGCUACGUCAACGUUGACUUCACUAAAAGAGAUAGCAAUACACCAGCACCCUCUACUCAAGGACUGCCAGGUUUGUGGGGCAUAAUUGCUGACCCCAGACGGUCAGUCUUUUCUAAUUACGUGAAUGUUGAGUUCGGAGUGCCAUUUCCAAAUCCAGGAAACGACCUCUCACAUCUUUUAAGAGCUAUUCCAGGUGCCAACCCUCUCUUUCUGGACGGUGCUAGGUGGCCACUUCUGCCUCUUCCUCCCAGUGCUACAGGGAGCAAUGCUAAUGAGGAAGAGGGGGACUACAUUGAAGUGAUGUUCAACCCAGCAAUGAUACCAGCCGUGCCUUUUGCUGACCGUGCCAUUCGCUAUGAUGCUGAAACAGGUCGAAUCUAUGUGGUCGACCCAUUUUCUGAGUGCUGUAUGGACAUUUCUCUUUCUCCCAGCCGAUGCUCUGAACCACCACCUGUAGCUAGGCUGCUGCUGGAAGAAGAGCUAGAGAGAAGACGUCCACAAAGCCGUUCGCAAGGUUUCUUUGCAUCCACCAGAGCCGCUGUCUCAGCUUUCCCAACCGACAGCCUGGAGAGAGACCUCUCCGCCUCCUUAGCCUCGGCCGCCGCUUUGGCCGCUGCGCCAACCUUAGGCGUGGGCCGGGCUUUAGCCGCCGCCUCCGCCCUCGCUGCGGCCCCGGGCAUCGGCGCAGCUGCCUCGGGCUUCGAGGCCGCCGCUGGAUUUGACUCCGCCUCCGUCCGCUGGUUCCAACCUGUUGCUAAUGCUGCUGAUGCCGAAGCAGUAAUGGGGGCCCAAGACGUUGCCAGUGGCUCGAACCCUAGAGCCCAAAACCCAUCUUCAGACCUUGACGGAGAUGAGGACGGGACUGGCGAGGCUGCGGCUGCAGCUGCCGUCCCCCCCACACCACCUCGCCGCCAGAUGCCGAGACCCCCCGAGCAAGAAGAUUCUGACGACGACGACGACACAUACGUGAGAAUGGACUUCGCCAGAUCUGACAACAAGAAGUUCGACUCUCCCCGAAGAGAGUGAUUACAUUGCCACAAAAACACAUUUUAGAAGAAAAGUGAUGUCUAUGGAAUUUCAUCUUUGUCUACUCCAGAUCUGCCUAAAA